CUCCCACCCAUAUAACACGCCUUUCAUUCUCCUCUUCUUCCAUAUUCAAAACCAACAAAAACACCAAAACCUUGAUUACAGACUAACAAUGGCAGCCGCUACAUCCGCCGCAGUCUUAAACGGCCUCGGAUCACCCUUCUUGACCGGCGGCAAGAGGAGCCACACCUUGUCAGCACCACUAAAUGCCGCCACCAGUGCCACCUCCGCCCCUAGGCGCCUUGUCAUUGCUGCCGCCGUCGCUCCCAAGAAAUCUUGGAUCCCCGCCGUAAAGGGUGGCGGCAAUUUACUCGAUCCCGAGUGGCUCGAUGGCUCGCUCCCAGGUGACUUCGGGUUUGACCCGUUAGGUCUAGGCAAGGACCCGGCAUUUCUAAAAUGGUACAGAGAAGCUGAACUCAUCCAUGGCCGGUGGGCCAUGGCUGCAGUCCUGGGCAUCUUCGUGGGUCAGGCAUGGAGCGGGAUCCCAUGGUUUGAAGCUGGAGCCGACCCGGGUGCCAUUGCCCCGUUUUCAUUCGGAUCUCUUUUGGGCACCCAACUCCUACUCAUGGGUUGGGUCGAGAGCAAGAGAUGGGUCGACUUCUUCAACCCGGAAUCACAAUCGGUUGAGUGGGCCACCCCAUGGUCCAAAACAGCUGAAAAUUUCACCAACUACACUGGCGAACAAGGGUACCCAGGUGGCAAAUUUUUCGACCCGUUGGGCUUUGCGGGUACGCUCCAGAACGGAGAAUAUGUCCCGGAUACCGAAAAGCUUGAUAGAUUGAAGUUGGCUGAGAUUAAGCAUGCAAGACUUGCUAUGGUUGCUAUGUUAAUUUUUUACUUUGAAGCAGGACAAGGGAAAACACCACUAGGAGCUCUUGGAUUGUAAUUUGUAAAUGAAAAAACUUGUUGUCUUAUGGUGUAUGGACUAUGAAGCUUCUAUAUGAUCAUGUAACAUGUAAAUUAAUCUAGAGAAAUCCCAAAAAGAACUUCCAUUUUUCAUA